AUGGAAUCAAACUUCUUCCCCCAAUCUUUCGAAUGCGCGUACUACAGGCGCGGUGAGGGCCGCUGCACCCGCGGGGCCAGUUGCAACUUUGUGCAUGCCCAACUCACAGAAGGCCUCUCCAGAGUCGGCUUUUCCAUGUUGCCGAUACGUACUCGCCCUGUAACUUCCAUCGGCUAUUGGCAUGGACAUGCCGAUUAUUCCCAGGCUGGCCCGGCCACUAACACUUGGUCACGAAGCAACACUCCCACUGCUGUUGCUGCUCCGCGCCAGGUAGAUGCAGAACAGCCAGUCACCCCGGACGAGGUCUUCGUCCCCGAAGAAGCCUGGGUUCGCGCCCUCAAAGGUGUAUAUGUCACCUUUGGCCCCGGAGCCACCGUGGCCACAAUUGCCCUGCCUUGGGAUGCCUCGGCUGUCCGCAUCUCGCACUUGCCCGAAGACUCUCACAAAUCAACCAUAGCAUCAUAUCUUUACCAUGAUUUGGGCUUUGAGGUCCCCGAGGCAAACAUUGAUCCGCUGCCCAGCAGCAGCGGGCAGAAUGCUGCUGACGUCACGAUGGAAGAUCCAGGCUUUGCCCAGCGGUUGAUUGCCGCCAUGAGCAACAACCCGGCGUGUGAAUUGAGCGGCGAUCACGUGGUGCCUUCCCAUCAUCGCGCGGCCCAGUUCGAUACCAUGAGCAGAAACAAGGUGUGCUGCUCGUGGCACAAGCCCAGCAGGACCAUCACCCUCAUCUUUGCCACCCGUGACACGGCCUGGGAGGUCUACAGCCGCUUCGCGCACGGCGACUAUCGCGUCUGCCAGAGCAGGGUGCGGCCCACGCGUCCCCAGCCGAGCGAGGGGCCCAACGCGUCCACGUGGAAGCUCAAGGUCGACCACGUGCCCGCGUCGGCCAGCCGCAAGGACAUUCUCGAUGAGAUUGACAAUCGGAACCGGCCGCUUACCAUUACCCUAGGCUGGGCCUCGUAUAGCAAUCCCAUGGAGUCCUCGGUGGAACAAAUCACCAAGCGCCUGCUCACGAUUGGUCCGCUGGACCCGACCGUCACCACGUCGACCGACAGCCAGAGCCGGCGCUCCAAGCUGACGGUGCGAUUUGUCGACGUGGCGCACGCCGAAGAGGCCGUGCAAAGGCUUAAUGAGAUGGCCCUUCCGUUUUACGCGCAUGGCAAACUAACCGUGCAGCAGGUCACGACCAUCCGGACGCGCAUUCCCGAGCACGUCUACGCGGCGGCCUCGCAAGACAUUGAAGCCCUCUACGGCUCCUGGAAGCUCGACUUUGUGUACACGGCUAUUUCGCCCGAACACAAGGGCUUUCGCAAGAUCAGGUUUGAAGGGCAGCUGCACGACAAGGUGGUGGAGGCGCACGCCGCCUUUGCGCGCCUCGUGGCCGGCGAGCUGCUCAUGGAAGACGGCGCCGCUCUGUGGUCGGCCUCGUUUGCGACCAACGCAUGGGCGUACAACCAAAUGCGCGACAUGGAGCAGCGCCUCGGCGUGCUGGUCCUGUGCGACCGUCAGCUGCGCACCCUACGCCUUCUCGGUCCACGCGACGUCUUGGGCGCCGCGCGCGCCGAGCUGGCUCAUCUCUGCCAUCUAGACCCGCGCGCCGAAUUUACCAUUACGCUGGAUGCAACCGAUGCCCAGGCGCUGCCCUGGCUGCUCGCCACCGGCUAUCAGCAGAUGCGCGACCUGGUCGGCCGCGACAAGAUCGCGCUCGACGUGGCCGCCCAGCCGCGCCGUAUCAUUGUCAGCGGCAGCGAGGCGGACCUGCAAGUGGCGCAGAUGCUCUGGCACGGGCGCCACAGGCAGCAGCAGCAGCAGCAGCAGCAGCAGCAACAGCAACAGCAACAGCAACAGCAACAGCAGCAACAGCAGCAGCAACAGCCGGCCGCAGCCGCAUCCGAAACAGAGCUGGCCGCGGGGAACCCCGGGCCGCUGGACUGCAGCCUGUGCUGUUUCGAGGUGGAACACCCCGUGUACACGCGCUGCCGGCACCUCUUUUGCGCGGCGUGCUACGAGGCCAUGUGUCUCUCGUGCGCGGGCACACCGGCGCGCACGCCCGCCGUGCGCUGCUACGGCGACGGCGGCCGCUGCAAGGAGCUGUUGACGCUGACGGCGAUUGCCGAGAGCCUGUCGUCGGUCGCGCUCGAGCGGGUCUUUGCCCGCAUGCUGACUACGUUUUUGAGCGCCAACGCGGACCAGUACCGCCACUGCCCGACGAGUGCGUGCGAGCAGGUCUACAGGGUCCAGCCGCGCGACGAGGGCGUCGAGCCGGAAGACGAAUUCCAGUUUCAGUGCCCGGAGUGCAACGUGGCGAUUUGCUCGCGCUGUCAUGUCUCGCAUGACACAAUUCACUGCCCGCUGCUGCGACUACCGGAACCGGAUUCCAUGUCGUGCGCUUCCGACGAUUGA